GACGUUGCUUUCAGUUUGUUUUUGACCGGUCGCCGUGACGCGUUGGAUCCAGUUUGGACGCGCCGCUUUGGAUACUAGGCAUUGCAUUUUCUUUUAGCGUGGCUUGUUGCUGCCUGUGUGACUGCAAGCAAGUGAAACAAGUUAAAUAAUUAUACUUCGUUGUGCAUAAUGCCGUUUAUUUAUAAAGUAAAUUGAGCAAACGGAAGUGUGUGGAAAAAAUCAAACAAAAAUUUCUGGCUCACAUUUGGGCGAGCGAUUUGUAAUCGAAUUGCCCAGUGUGUGUGUGUCUUACUUUCAGUGUACUGAGUGGAAAAACUUGCAAAAAAACAACAAUUCGCCUCUUCAGCAAAGUUUUUAACGUUGCUUCCUUGGAAAAAGUGCUUGAAAAAAACACACAAAUAAAAAUAAAAAGAGGUUAAGCAAAAAGUGAAUAAGAAAUAUUAAAAAAAAAUAACAAUAAUUUCAAGCUUCAGCAAAAAUUGUACGCUUGUUUCGGUUAGUAUUUAGGGGUUUCGGAGUAAAAGUGCAUAAAUAAAUAUGUAAUUAAUAAAAAAAUAGAAAAAGUUAGUAAAAUUGUGCUUAAAUGCAAACAUAUAUGUUUAUGCGAUAUCAAAACUAAAAUACACGUACACACAGGUGAAAAACAAAUGGACUGUAUAAUUUAAUAUUUUUAAAAUAAAAUAGUUUUUGUGCAAAAUCAAACUGCAAAGUGCAACAAGGCACUAGCAACACUAUUUACUAUAACUAAAUAUAUGUAUACAUGUAUAUACAUAUGUACAUCUAUAUACCCACUUAUAGCUGCAUACGAUUUUUGCGCUCAAACGGUAAAGUUAUCUGCGAAUUCUUCUGACUUUUAAUGCAACACAAGGGAUUUUCUAUGCAUUUACUACAACGGCUUAGUGCUUACCGGACACCAUCGAUGAAACAUCUCUUUAGAAACAGUACUUAAAGUGAAGUUUCCUGCUAUUUGAACAGCAAUUAAAGGAUAUCCUUUUUAUCGAGUUUAUGCCUAAAAGCAUCUACCAGUACCACCUAACUUUACCCCAGCUGCGAAACCCACCCACCAUAAACCGCACAAGAAUGAGUACUUCCGCUAGCAUAAAGUCACAGCUGCUGCUUUACGCGCUGCUCACCAUCACCUGCUUGUGCGUCACGGCACAGUUACCCGCGACAGGCUCUUCAAAUUGUGGACCCAAUUUUCCACCGGCCUGCCUUUGUGGACGCGAGCUCUACGAGGGCAGCAUCAGUUACAUCGUGAACUGCACGAAUACGGGCAUUCAUAACACCAGCGUGCUCGAGUUCAUGCCGGACGAGGUGGAAAUUUUAAUAUUCACCGGCAAUAUUGUGCCCGAACUACCAUGGAAUGUAUUCGGCUCGAUUAAUGACUACAAAAAUCUGAAGAUCGUCGAUAUGAGCAAUAAUCACAUACGUGAAAUACGCGGUAAAUCUUAUCAUCACGUGCAAAAUGUGGAGCGUUUGAUUUUGAAUCACAACAACUUGAGCAUUUCACGCGAAGAUGACGAAGUCAAUCACCACCAUCCACGUGUGUUUUCGAAUUUCCUAAAUUUGCAAAGUUUACACCUGACCGACGCGUUCGCUGAUAAUAGUUCGCCACAGCUAAGUGAAGAUUUACAUGAUAUUUUCGUAAACAGUCAGCUGAACAAGUUGCAGAAAUUGCAUUUGGAGCAAAACGAAAUCACACACUUCAAGGAUCGCAAUGUCUUCUGUGAUCUGCCGAGUCUGCGCGAUUUACACUUGGGUGACAAUCUACUCAAAGAUAUCAAUUUCGAGGUGCGUUGCUUGAAAAAUUUGCGCUUUCUCGAUUUGGAGCGCAACAAAUUCGAAUAUGUGAAGACGCACGACAUGAUGCUACUCAACGAACUGGAGACGCGCAGCGAUCGCACCACCAAUCUCAUUGUCGACUUCAAUCUCAAUCCAUUCCUUUGUGACUGCAAAAUCAGCUCCUUUCAUACCUGGAUACUGUCGACAAAUGUAACGGUACGCAAUAAGAAUACGCUAAUGUGCUAUCACAACGAUGUCGAGCCACUACCGAUCAUGGAGCUGAAUAUGGACGGCUGUGCGGCAGCGGUAGCGGCUGCAGCCAUGAUGUUCAACACCGCUACAGAUGCGCACUAUGGCGGCAACGGCAUGGAGCAGAGCAUAGGCGAAGAUAGCACGGCAGCCGGACGGCCGCACAUGAAUCAGCACACAGUGACACUUAUCUUCCUGCUGAUUGUUUUGAGCAUGAUUUUGCUGGGGCUGGUGGUGGCGCUGGUCUAUGUGAGUCGUGAGCGCAUUAAGUACAUGAUAACGCCGGUGUUCGAUAAUGUUGCCAAGAAGGUGCAAUACACAUCGAUCAAAGACGAGGAUUGUCCGGAAGUGUAUGUAUAAGGCGCGCAAAGCGCUGCGUAAAAAUCGAAAAAAAGAAAAACAAACGAGCGCUAAAAGCAACGAAAGGCCAUAAUUGACAGUCAACAAUGACAAGCGACAAGCAUGACAGUUUGGGAGCUGGUGUGGUGAUUGAGAAAAAUAUUAAAACCACCAAUUAGUAGAUAACACAGUUCGAUUGCCGCUGUCGGGCAGUUUAAACAGCGAUAGCGUGGAUUUUUUACUAAUAUAAAAUUGAAUUUGUGCCAUUUAAAGACAAGAAAUCAAACAAAAAAGACGCAAUGAGUGUAGUUGUAGAAAUUAUAAUACAUACAUGUAUGUUAAGUGCAGCUGGCGCAUGUAAUAGCGUUAGAUAGAAAUGUUAUUUGAAAUAUGUAUGCAUGUGUGGAGUAGCAGUGUCACAGGAAUUGCUGAAAGCCAACGUCUAACAAAUAUGUAUAUGUAGAUAUAUAUACACGCACAUACAAACAUAGACAUUAGUUUAUAACCAAACUACAUACACAUACAUACAAACAUAGUAGAUAUUUAAUAUUUUCACAGCAGAACAUGAACAUAUCACAGCAGCAUUUGUAAACAGCAAAACUUAUAUAAUUAAAGAUAAUGAACAAUAAGCUCAAUAGAAAGAAUAUACUACAAUUUAUUAUAAGUACUUUACUAAUUUCAAGCGUGUAUUGCUGUAUUUAAGUUUUAAAGUUAAGUGUAGUGACCUACGUGCAAUUCUAAAAGAGAUGUUAGGCAUUUUGUCUUUUGAAAAUAUUUUUAUUAAAAAAAAUUAUAAAAAAAAAACACUACAACAAAAGUAUGUAGCUAUUUUUAAUUAAAACUAAUAAUUUAAUUAUUAAUUUCAUAUAAAUGCAAAUAAACGCUGAAAAAUGAAAAAAAACGCGAAACGGAGACGUAACUUAUACUAUACUACAUUGGCUGUCAAACUGCAGAAAUUUUACAUUUUUAUUGUAUUUUCACACACAUACAUACAUGCUUAUGACAGUGCCACACACAGUUAUACCCACUUCUGACACAAUUUAAAUUAUGCGCAUUUCACAAAAAAUAUAUUUUAACGCUUGGCGAUAAUUAUUUUUAAUAUUUUCAACUAGACGACGAUUUUACAGCUCGUCAAAACACAAAGCAAUAAGGGGUUACAUGGGUUUCCUUGGGUAAAAAACAGGCUUUUUUCAACAAUUUUUUGUCAAAUAAAAAAUAAAAUAUUUUAUUAGAAUUUUUUAUUAUUACAAACAUACACUAUUGGCAAAGAAAUUUCUGAAAUUUUUGAAAAAAAAUAUUUUUAACUCGGCCAUUUCGACGCUAUUUCCGGUGAACCCUCGGAAAAAGAUGCGCCUGCGUUGGCAGUUUAACUCCUUAGAGAAUCAUCCAAAGUGAAGAAAUAACGUGUUUUAAUUCAAACCUUAACUUAAAACUUGGACGAAGGAAUAAAAAAUUAAAUUUUUGUCAGACAUUUUUCCAAAAAAAAAUAUAAAAAUUCGCGACAUUUUUUUUUUCAAAUAAUCCUUCGUCCAAAUCAUUGGAAAUUGUAUCUCAAAGACCUGUAUAAAAUUUCAUGAAGAUCGUUUGAGUACUUCUCGAGAAAUCUUGUCAACUGGCUUCAAAAACAAAGUUUCGAGAAACGCGUUUAAAGACAACUCGCUUUGCCUAGCUAACUUCGAGCGCACAAGUUCUCAAGGCUGUAACUCCGAAACCAUAAUUCGGAUCUUGAAAAUUUAGAACAAUAUUCUAGAGGUGUUUUAAAAUUCAUAAAAUACAAUAAAAAAAUCGAUUUUUGAAAUCCGUAAAGUCAUGUAACCCCUAAACUUUUAUCACACCAACUUUGGUAACACUGGCCGACACGAUUUUUGGGUCUGACUUUAGCAUGUUUAAUUUCAAUUUCUUAUACAAAAAAAGUAAGCAGACAAUCUUUGUUUAAUUAAGGAGUUAUAUACAGUUAGAAGACCGAAAAAAGCGAUUUUUAUUGAUCUUUUCUGAGAAAACUUUAAAUUUAUUGAUCCAAAAAUAUGUACACAUAUUAUGGUACCUUUAAACUGUAUUUUAAGACUUAGUGUUAGUAAAAAUAUUUAUUUGGAAAGGAACUACAGCUGAACUCCGAGAACUCCUCUCAAAAACGACGUGCGGUGACCACUAUAUCUCUGAACUGCAUCCACUGUAAUUAAAAAACCAAACAGAUUUCGUUAGAGUAAUGUUAAAUCUAAUUUAAGGUAUAAGCAAUAUAACUUUUUGUGUACAAAAUGGCGGUUUUUCAAAAAAAAAAUAGAUUUUUGACAAAAAUUUCGGUCUUAAAUUGUUUAUAAAAAAAUAUUUAUCGGUGAGAAAAAAUCUAAAAGAUCUUCGUUUAAUUAGUCGUUUUCGAGUAAAGUUGAUCACCGACUUUGAAAACAACAUUUUAAGAACAACGCGUUUAAAGUUUUGCCUUGUACUUCUUAGCACUCUGAAACUCCUUUUCAAAUUUGCGUAUAAUUUCGAAAAUAUUCACCAGAAUGAUAUGAAAUUUUCUGUGUGUAUAUAUAUACAAUAUAAAAAGUCGAUUUUUUGAAAAUUCUAGCUGCAUAUAAUCCCUUCAGCAUCUUCAAUUUCAGUUUCUUAUACACCAAAAAUAAGGAGACCAUUUCUGUUCGAUUAAAGCUUGCUAUUGUAGACACUUUUUUCAUAUUUCUUUUAUGUUCAUAUAGGCAAAUCAGGCAAAAGCAAACUUUAACAGCUAAUUAUUUAAUUACAUUUUUUUUAAUUAUUUAUUUAAUUAUAAUUUUUUUGUUUAAAAUUUUUUUUUAGCUUUUUCUUAAUUUAAUUCCAAUGCUUUUCAAACUCUAGAACUAGGAUUUAAGCAUGAAUAAUUUCAAAGUACAUACUUGUAUAUAGAAAAUGUGCCGAUAAAAUUUCAAAUAUGUUAUAAUUCCAGCAGAUAUCACAGCAGAUGCCACAUGUCUUUGUAAUAUAGAAAAAAAAAUCGAAAUAAGCACUUUGACAGUUUUUUUAUAGAGAUCAAAAUAUGCAUAAUAUUUUUCUAAUUUUUUAAUACUUUGUAUUUAUUGAAAAUUAAUACAUAACCGUUUUUAAUUAAACAAAAAUCGCUGUAACUUCGGGCUCGAACACAUUUGAAUUAAAUCAUACAUUAGUGAUAUCUGUGAUUUAAGUUACAUAGCAUUAGUUCUUUAAAAAUCACUAAAAAACAAUGGCAUGAAAAGAAGAGGAAGAGCAUGAAAAUUGAGAAGAAAAGUUGAAAUAAAAUUACAAAAAGUCGAAAGAAAACUAUUACAUGCGAAAAGAAACACAAAUGCAAACAGAAAAAUGCUUGUGUACUUAUACAAAUGUGCGAUAUUCGGAACUAAAUAUACAUACAAACAUACAUAUAUCUACAAAUAAAGCAUAUUAAAAGUCAAUUUACAGAAAUGUAAGAAACCGAUGUUUUGUAGCAUUUAUGUCUUACACUGUUAGGAAUUAGUUAAGAUGUUUUUAAAAUCAAAUGCACACACAUUUAAACUAACAUUUUACAUAGCAUAUUUUUGCAAAAGCAUUAAUUACAAAUUAACUUAUACAUAUUUAAAUUUUUAUUAUAAACCACAUUGUAUUUUCUUAACACAAUUUAUUUGAAUUGUUUAUAAUUAAUAAUGAAUAUACUUUCAUACUUAUGUACACAUACGUGCGUAUUGCAUAUACGUGUGUGUUUUAUUAUAGCAUUAAGAAAUUGUUAAUAACAAAAAUGUUCUUUUCCGAAAUGAACUUCAUUUUUUUAUAAGAAAACACAAUAAAAGAGGAUUAUGUAAAAAUGAAAAA